AUGGAACACCUUCCCAAGCUUAAAGUGCUAGUGUUGAAGUCUAACAAGUGUGAUGGCAACUUAUCACUUCCUUCACCAAUGAAACUUCCAUUUCCUUUGUUACAAGUUCUAGAUAUAUCUCAUAAUGCAUUUGUAGGCUCUCUACCUGAAAGAUACUUCAAGAAUUUCAGAGAAAUGAUAGACGCAAAGCAAAGAGAUGACACAGAGAGUUCCUAUGAAAGAGAAGAUGAGCAGUAUCUAAAUUUUGUGGAUAUGAUAGUCACCUUGAAAGGUAAGGAUCAGUUGUUGAAAAGACUACUGGAAACCUUCACAGCAAUUGACUUAUCCUCCAAUAAUUUCUCCGGGACUAUUCCACAUUCCAUAGGAAAUCUUACGAUUCUCAAAUACUUGAACCUGUCCCAUAAUAGCCUCAUAGCACAUAUACCUUCGUCUCUAGGAAACAUGACUGACCUCGAAUCGUUGGACUUGUCAGCAAACAAAUUGGAUGGAGAAAUUCCAAGUGAAUUGACAAGGUUGACAUUUCUUGCCAAACUAAACCUUUCAAUGAACCAUCUUGUUGGGCAUAUACCUCAAGCUAAUCAGUUCUCCACAUUUGAGAAUGAUUCCUAUAUGGGAAAUUGGGGAUUGUGCGGAGCUCCGUUGACAAUUAAAUGCAAUAAUGGGACAUGGUUGCAGGCAGAAGAAGAAGAUGGAGAUGAUGAAUAUGAAUUCAUAGAUGGAUUUGGUUGGCGAUGUGUUGUAAUGGGAUAUGGAAGUGGAUUCGUAGUUGGGAUUGGAAUUGGUUACAUGAUAAUAAGAAGUGGAAGGCCAAAAUGGUUAGUCGAAUUCUUUUUCGGGGCUGGUUAUAGAUAUAAGACGAAGAAGAGAUGCGACAAAGCUCCACCAACACGAAGGGGAACUUAG